AUGGCAGCGGAUAGUGUUCUGGAAGAUGGAGAGGAGAAUAUUUUAUAUGAUUUGCUUAUUAACGCAGAAUGGCCGCCUGAAACAGACACGCAGGCCAGAGGAGCUAAAGAACAAAGUUCUUCUCUAAUUGCCAAAGCUGUUACAGGACCGUUCCGCUUCAUUCUGCACUACCUUUGGUACAGCCCGUCAAGUUCAUCCCUCCCUCCUGGGCUGGUGCGCCUGGCAGCGAAGCAAAUCAACUGGCAAUUGGUGUUAGCGAGUAAUGGAAAGCUGUUGGCCGUGGUGCUGGACCAGUGUGUGGAAAUUAGGUCAGCUCGAGACGACUUUGGAUCAGUCAUCGGGAAAUGUCAAGUUCCCAAGGACCCGUCUCCCCAGUGGAGGAAGGUGGCAUGGAGCCAUGACUGUGCCCUGCUUGCAUAUUCUGACAGCACUGGCACCGUCCGUGUCUUCGACCUGAUGGGCAGCGAACUCUUUGUUAUCCCUCCUGCUGUGAGCUUCCCUGGUGAUUUCAGCUAUGCUGCUGCUGGCUUGAUCUUCCUGGAGUACAAAGCAAGCGCCCAGUGGUCAUCAGAGCUGCUCGUUAUCACCUACAGCGGCCAGCUCAAGAGCUACCUGGUCAGCAUGGGAACCAAUCAGGGCUUCCAGGAAAGCCACAGCUUCAGCUUCUCCUCCCAUUGUUGCAGCGGGGUCACGGCAGCCGUCUAUCAUCCAGUCCACAGGUUGCUUUUGCUGGGAGGAUGCCAGUCAGAUGAGAGUGCUGCCACUCUAGCUGCUGGGUGUGGCAUCACCGUCUGGAGGGUGUUAUCAGGCUCGCCGUACUAUAAACAGGUCACCAGCUAUGAAGAUGAUAUCGAUGCGGCCCAAAGGAGAGGGCUUUUCCGAAUGCCCACAUUUCGACUCUUCAGGCAAACCAACGAGCAGGACGGUGUGUUCAGGAUGAGUCUGUCUCCUGAUGAUGCCAUGCUGGCUGUGAUCCAUUUUUCCGGUACGCUCAGCGUGUGGGACAUACCAUCACUCAAACAGAGGAGCUCUUGGAAACAGGAGGAGCAGCCUGGUUAUGACGAGAUCAAUCCAGAUUGGAAGACCUCGCUGGAGAAGAGAAAAAAAAUCAAAGAUAAAGAGCAGUACCAGGCUCUGAUGGACGUGGGCUGGUGGAGCGAUCAGGCUCUCAUUCUGGCUCGAUGUUCCGGCUCUCUGACCGUCUCCUCCGUCCGAGCUCUCACCAACCUUCUGGGAAAAUCGUGCGAGUGGUUCGAACCCUCGCCCCGAGUCACCUCGGCCCAUGACGGCGGCUUCCUCAGCCUGGAGUGUGAGAUCAAACUGGCUCAGAAGCGCUCACGUCUGGAGAGCAGCGCCUCCGGUGAGGAUGACGAUGCAGAGGAAGACUCCGAUUCCGAUGAAGAGUCCUCGGCCAAGGCUCGCUACUUUGGAUACGUGAAGCGGGGCCUUUACUACGUGACCGAGAUGGAGCGUUUCGCUCCCCUGAGGAAGCGGUCACGUACCGUCCUCAAAAACUAUCGACUGCUCAGCCUGAGAUCCACCACACCUGAGGAGCUCUAUCAGAGAAAGAUUGAUAACGAGGAAUAUGGAGAAGCUCUGUCUUUAGCUCAUGUUUAUGGACUGGACUCAGAUCUGGUUUAUCAAAGACAAUGGAGGAAAUCGUCUGUCAGUAUCGCCUCCAUACAGGACUACCUGAGUAAAAUAAAGAAGCGUUCGUGGGUGUUGCACGAGUGUGUUGAGAGAGUGCCUGAGAACGUGGAUGCUGCCAAGGAGCUUUUGAUGUACGGCCUGAAAGGAACAGAUCUGGAGGCUCUCCUAGCCAUCGGCAACGGAGAGGAUGGAGGAAGGUUCAUCAUACCGGGCGAUGUGGACCUGGAUGAUGCUCCGUAUGAAGAUUUUCAGUCCAUAGAGGAAGAAACGGAGCGAAAAAAGGAAAGAGAGGCGAAGAAAAGACAAGAGCUUCUCAAAAAAAUAGACUUCAGCAAAUUAACUCUGGAGCAGAAGGAGUUGUGUCGCAGCAGACUGAAGCUGCUCUGCUAUCUGGAUCGAUUGGCUACGUACGAGGAGAUUUUGGGUGGCCCACAUGCUGCUGAGCAGAGAUACGACGCUGAAUUUUUCAAGAAGUUCCGCAGUCAGAAUAUAGUGCUGUCAGCAAGAACCUAUGCCAGGGAGAGUAACGUCCAGGCAUUGGACAUUCUAUUCACCUACCAUGGAUCAGAGCUUCUCCAGCACCGACUCGCUAUCCUGUGCGAUUUCCCAGAAACCACCUCUCCCCACGAGUACGCCGCACUGCUGCCCGAAGCCUGUAAAGAUGAGCGCUCAAAUCUGGUGUUCAUUCCAUGGGACGAGCAGAGGCACAGGGACCUGGACUGGUGUGAGGAUCCACAGUGCAGGAAAGCAUUGGAGCCCUGCAUGGUGGAUGAUCCUCACUUUCUCUAUGAGGAACAACCGAAGCUGGAGCGAUUUUGUACCCUCAAACCCUCCAUUCCACUCCUCACUGACUGGUACCUAACCAGAUCUCAACAAAUCGAGCAAAACUCACGCCAGGUGGACUGUGCACUGUCUCUGGUGCGUCUGGGAAAGGAGCGGGGAAUACCCGGGCUGGAACAGCUGGGAGAUGACCUGGUUACUAUGGAAACACUAGUGUACGAGACAGCGUGCGACCUGAGUCUCAGUCUGAGGGAGUUGCGGCAGCUUAGCGACAUCGACAAGCUCCGUCUACUCAUGAAAAAUUCAAAUAAGGAGUCGUAUGUGAAGAAUGUCAUCCAGUGGAUGGUACCGUUUCUCCAUCGCUGCGAAAACCAGAAGGAAGGAACGUCUGCUGCUCUUCUCAGGGAAUACCUUGUAUUCCUCGCGAAAGAGGAUCUGACCCUCCUGCUAAAAGUAUUCCAGCAUUCCAAACCAGGCUGUCAGCAGAAGAUCAUCGGAGAUCCGGACCAGCUGAUGUCCGUGGCGCUGGAGUGUAUCUACAGCUGCGAACGAGAAGACCAGCUUGCUAUGAGCUACGACAUUCUGGAAUGUCUGCCACAGAGAGGAUACGGGGCACAGACAGAGGCUACAAAAGUCCUACACGACCAAGUGGACUCCCUAGAGAAACAUCUCAGUGUUGCAGAAGUUUUGGAGAAGCAUGGCCUGCCAAAACCCAUUUCAUUCGUCAGAAACAGUCAGAGCAGCAAGGAAGAGGCUCAACAGCUGAUGAUCAAACUUACCCGUCAUGUAGGACGCAAAAAUCCUCCGGUCAGUAAGAGCGUGUGGAGAGAUUUACUGCAGGAUCUACUUGACAUGCAGCAGAACGUCUACACCUGCUUACAGCCAUCAACCUGUCAUCAGGUCUUUGUAGAGAGUUUGCUGUGUUCAGGACGAGAAGAGAACGUCAUGCUGGCGGGUCAGCUGAUGCAGCGUAGCUCCUCAAGCCCAGAAGCCCCUGCCGGCAACACGUUCCGAAACAAGACAGCCCGUGUACCCUAUGCCCGCAGUGUGGAACUGGUACUGGCCUCCGCUCGCGAGUACUUCAACUCAUCAGCCCAGCUCAGUGACCCCUGCAUCGGCCUGGCACGGUCUUGUCUGCAGUUGAUCACUGAUUGUCCUCCUGCAAUCCAAGAAGAACUGGACUUGAUCACUGCCCUAUCUAGACUGGACCACUUUGGGAUUAAAGUCCUGCCAUUACAAGUACGACUGCGUGAUGACCGUCUGUCCUUGAUAAAGGAGUGUAUCGCUCAGUGUUCUGGAGCCUAUAAACAGUCCACUCUGCUGCUGGAGCUGGCAAGACUGCUGCGUGUUGCAGGUGGCGACGAAGAUCAGAGGAGGGGGCGGGUCCUCACCCUGUUGGCAGAGCAGGCGCUACAAUGUCACGACUACAAAGCCUCUUACAUUCACUGCCAGGACUUGACGGCAGCAGGUUUCAGUGAUGGGUGGGAGGUGUGUGCCCAGCUGGGCCAGUGCGAGAGUUACACACGACUCCCGGCUCGUCAGGAGCUGAUGGCGUUCGCUCUGACCCACUGCCCUCCCGCCAACAUCCAGAAUCUGCUAGCAGUCUCAAGCUCUCUGCAAACCCAGAUCCUUUACCAGGCAGUGAACUACAAGAUCUCUCCGUCUGAAGCCAAGAGAAGAGUGGAUGAUACAGAUCAGCAGUCAGCAGGUGGAGGACCGGGUGUCGGUCAGCCUACAGCUCUUCUUCAGAGAACGACAGCUCGCACCAUGGAGGUUUUGACCACAACCACACUCAACACCAAGGCUGUACUAAACACUAUCAGUGACUCCCAAUGGUGGAAGGAGUCCAUCAACUACCUCCGGCCACUGCAUGGCCAGGAGUCAGAUUUGCACCGUACUGGAUCGGCCAAUCAGAACGCAGAUCUGGAGCGACAGGGCUGCAGUUCAUUCUAUGAGGAGCUGCUGGACGAUCCAUAUGUUAAUCUGUGUGAUGACGUGUAUUCCUUCUACGACUACGUCCCUCAGGAAGACUUUGCUGAAGUUUUGCUUCGCACCGGCAAGCUAGCCGAGACCAAAAGCGAGGGCCAGCAACUUUUUCCAGCUACUGAAGUGCUACUCCAGCUGGCGAAUGAUGCUUUUUCUAGAGACAUGACACUAGCACUUGCCUAUUUGCUAGCAUUGCCACAGGUGUUGGACGCUAACUCGUGUUUUGAGAAGCAGCCCCCCUCGGCUCUGUCCCUGCAGCUGGCCGCUUAUUAUUACUCUCUGCAGAUCUACUCUCGCCUCGUGCCGUGCUUUAAGAACAAGUGCAGUCCUCUGUACAGGGCCGAUCCAAAAGAGCUGAUUCGUCUGGUGACCAAGCAUGUGACCGAUCGUGAGGGGUAUGAUUGGGCGGACGAGGAACUGGAAGCCCUGAUCGGUCAGCUCCGGCUCUACAGCGAGCAGCUGACGGAUUUCACUCAAGCCCAGGUGCUUCAAGGUCUCGGCCGAGGAGUGGACGUACAGCGCUUCAGCAAUGACCCUAACUACAAAAAGGAGACCAUCCUCGGCCUGGCUGAGACUUUAGAUGAGAACGUAUACGGGAUCUCUCGCUCCUUGGCUCAGCGCUACAAUAUUUCACUGUGGGAGGUGUACAUGACCCAUCUCGAGUUCCUCUUCACUGACAGCGGACUUUCGACUCAGGAGAUUGAAAGUCGGAGUGAAUCCCUUGGUCUUUUCCACACUCUGAAGACCAAACCAGAGGAAUUCUACACCCACAUGAGCAAGUACGUGUACCCGGGGAUCUCCGGCACAGAUCUGCAGCGCUUGCUCUACUACUACACGCUACUGGAGAACUGUUCAUGCACUAAAGAGCUUCCUUCAGCCAGCAUGACCCCUGAGACUCACGUCAAGCUGCUCAAGAAGCUGAAGGCCGUGGCAAACGGUCUGGACUACAAAAAGCUGACAGAUGAAGACGCUGAUCCUCGGAAAGCUCUGGAGCCGGUGCUGACCAGUCAGAAUGUUCUCUCUAUCUCUAAACUGGCCCCCCGGAUCCCUCUGAAGGGUGGAGAUGCCCUCACCUCCAGUGCUGUUCACUCCACAUGGCUCCACACACUCUUUUGGCAGGGAGACGCCCAUAUCUUAAAGAAGUCUCCUCAGACAGAUCAAGACUAUCUCCAUGCUUAUGAUGCCUGUGCCAAGUACCUCGACCGACUCCUGCCUGUAGAUGCCACCCAGUUUCUGGAUUCCAUCACCUUUUCAGCUGAAGCAGCCAAUAAGCUGUCCGUAGAAGUCCGCACAGAGAUCACCAGACGGGCGCUAAAGGCUUUGAAGAGCAUCGGUGAGAAGAGCAGAAAAAGGGGUGGAGAUGACGUUUCUGGCUCCACCUUUGAUUUUAGCCACGCCCUCGCUCACCUGCAGCAGUCUCUCGACCAUCUCGAGACUCUAAGCCACCCCUUCCCGGUGUCACUCCGAAACAGCCAGGAGGAGCGUCUGCGAAGGUACAGCAGGGCCUACGACCUGUCCAGGUCCAAAAAGUCCGGCAUCCACCAGUUGGCGGUUACCAUGGCGCUGGACGGACAGCCACUGGAGCGAAUCGAGAAGCUGCUCGGGGUGUCUGUGGGGUCGAGUGAUCUAUCGCUCCGGGGUGUAGUUCAGGACGCGGUGGAGCGAAUCAUCUCUGUUCUCAGUGGUGACGAGGAGGUGAUGAAGGACUACCCAGACCCAUUACAAGUUUUGGAAGGCAUUGUGAAGGCAGUGCAGGAAGAUGUGCAGAACGGGGGGCAAGCCGUGUCAUCCGAGGACCUGUUGGCAUGGUUACGGCCGUUCUGCGGGGACGACUCCAAGCCUGUGAGGGUGAGAAUUGAGAUUCUGCAGAUUCUGGAACAUUCUUUCAGCCUCAGUGAGCAGGACAUCCGCCUGCUAGUGCUCUUCAGGAGCCGAGCAGUGCUCAAAGCAUGCUGGCCCGACCGAGAGUGUGAGAUGAAGGACAUUGAGGAUGAGGAGCGGCGCUACUCGCUCUUCGUGGAGCUGCUGGAGUCCAGUACCAAGUGGGAGGAGUUUCAGCACCUUAUGCUCCUCCUACAGGCGUGGCCACCUGUAACUGACGAGAACAGAACGGAAUCAGAACAGAACCCCUGGGUACGUGUGACGUCAGCCAUGCUCUCACGCUGUUCCACCGGGUCCGACAUCAGCCUCGGAGACGAGGUUCUCACCAUGUGCCGCUCACUCUACCCAACCAAGCACAAACUCAACCCACAGUGUGUUGGACACAUUUCUACUCUGCUGCUGAACAGCGGGUUGAAGCUGCCAGCUCUCAAGUUGAUGGCCGAGAGCAGAGAUGGACACCUGCUCGAUCUGGCUUUAGAUCAAAUCAAAACCAUCUCCACUGUGAACGAGGAGGUGUGUGAUUCGGAGUUGUUGACCCUGCUGCUGAACGCUGGCAUGUUAGUACGCUGUGCGGACAUGGCCCUGUACCCUCAGCUCGUCUCCCACCUGCUGUCCCAGGGCUGCUGGGACGUCGAAGGCGCGGCCAGCCAACUCCAUCAGGCUGGAUACCGUGCUCAAGCCGGGGCCUUGCUGCUUGCUCAUCGCGGGACCCAUCCAGCCCUGACUUCCUUCAACAGUGCCCUCGCUGUCCUACGCAAGUGGAUCUAAAGCUACACAGAGUCAGAUAGAGAGACCAGAGCAAAUGAGCAUCGCAAUCCAUUAUUUUUUUGAUUAUUUUAACAGAAAAGCACAAAAAACAAAGAAAACUAAGUGCAUUAAAAUUAAAUUAAAACACUAGAACAAAAAUAAACAUGCUAAUGUCAGUUUGUCUGCCAGUAUUGUUCUAGGGCGGUAUGUACUAGGGCUGCAGAAUAACUUAUACUAA